AUGUGGUCUUGCUUUAAUAAAACAUGCCCUUGCUUUCGUUUCCGCGGUAAUUCACUAUCACCGUUUGGCAAUUUCUAUGAUGACGAAGAUAAUGUAGAGUUCGAGAACCUGCUGAUUUAUCAGGAUCGUUCGUCAUUGGCAAACCUUUUAUCGGGUGUACCAUUUUCACGCUCGAAUUACCCACCUGCAUAUACGAGGAGAGCGAAUAUGACUGUACCGAAUGAAGAUGCUUUAUUAGAUGACGACGGCGAAAAUUUGCAAACUCAAGACGCACAAUUUCUACCUGAUGAACAAAUUGAUAAAUUCUCUGAACGGGUCAAAUGCCAUCCUGCCACCGAUGCUCAGUUGGCAGCCGAAGAAGAAGAAGCUCGUCGUCAUGAAGAGGAAGAGAUUAGAAGAAAACGUGAGGCUGCCACACAAGCAGCUCUUGCUAAAGGAUUAAUAACACCUGAACAAGCCUCUGCUAAUAGUAAAGACGUUUUCUUCACUAUUGAAGAUGAAGAUGACAAUGAUAGUCGGGAAUAUACUGACUCAUCUAGAACUAUGAUGCAUGACAGUUCUUCGGCUGAAUCAUCAACUAAAAGUCGAGAGGUUACUACACCUCAUGAUGAUGACUCACAAAUUUCCUCUUUAAAUAAACCACGUAACCCACACGAACGUCUCUUUGUACAGGAUUUAAAUAUGGAAGAUUAUGAUGAUGUAACCGAUUUUGAAGAUCAGUAA